UUGGUUGGUUGGUUGGUUGGUUGGUUGAUUAGUUAGUUGUCAGUCAGUAGUACAACAGCUCGGUUGAAAGUUAGGGACUAAACGGCAAAACUAGAAGAAUAUUAGCAGAAGACACAUUUCCCGUGAGAAGAGAGAGUCAGACUUAACAGCUGGACGUGGAACAGAAGGAAAAGAUGAAUGAAGACACCGUGGACACGAGCACGAUCUGCCUCUUUGAUGUUGACGGCACAAUCACGCCCGCGAGACAGAGUGCUUCUCCAGAAAUGGCAGCGUUUCUUCAGAAGUUGAGAUCUCGAGUUCGACUUGGAGUGGUUUCAGGGUCGGAUCUCUGCAAAAUCAAAGAGCAGCUUGGAGAUGACGUGAUCCAGAAAGUGGACUAUGUGUUCAGUGAGAAUGGUCUUGUGGCCUAUAAGGAUGGACAACUGCUCUCUGUGCAGUCCAUCCAGGCUCACAUGGGAGAAGAGGUACUACAGGAGUUGAUCAACUUCUGUCUCAGUUACAUGGCUAAGAUCAAAUUGCCUAAGAAGAGGGGAACGUUCAUAGAAUUCCGUAAUGGCCUGAUAAACGUCUGUCCUAUUGGACGCAGCUGCACGCAGGAAGAGAGGAAUGAAUUCUAUGAGCUGGACCAGAAAGAGAAAAUAAGAGAGAAGUUUGUGUCUGUUUUGCAAGAAGAGUUCAAAGGCAAAGGACUGACGUUUUCAAUUGGAGGGCAGAUCAGUUUUGAUGUGUUUCCAAAUGGCUGGGAUAAAAGAUACUGUCUGGAGAUCAUUGAGAAGGACAAGUAUGAAACCAUUCACUUCUUUGGAGACAAAAUCAAACCCGGAGGAAAUGACUACGAGAUCUACAGUGACCCUCGGACUAUUGGCCACGCAGUCACUUGUCCAGAAGAUACACAAAGUCUUUGUGAGGAGCUUUUCUUCAAGUUAAGUUGACUGUAGAUGUCGUCUUCCAUUCAGUUUUCCAAAAAAGAGGAAAGGGGAAAUGAUCCAGGGUUUAAUUAAUUAGUAAUGGAUUGACUACACAAACAGUAGUACAAGGUACGAGGGUCUCUUAUGGUGUCUAUUGGUAUAGUUAAAGGAGACGAGGCACAUAAAGGGGAACUACUUGAUAACGUCACAAUUUAAAAUAAAAAUAAAAACAUUUUGCACCCCAUGAAAUUUUAUUUCUUAGGAAAUGAGAAAGUCUUUUUGACCAGCCUCACACCAGUAAAUCAAAACAUUCUGAAAGGUGACAUGUAAAGUCAAGAAAUGCCUCAGAAGUUAUCAACAUCUUGUGCUAAUCCUUACCAGAAACAGCACUUUUCUACAAUGCUGUGGUUCCACAAUGAUUUCAUUAAAACCUGGCAAGUUGCUGGUAACAAACCUAUAAAUAUCCAGGUUAUAGACAUGUCACUAAAUGGGGAAAAGACUGACGUUAAAAACCAAAUUAGUGUUUUUUUCUUCCAUGCAGCUAGUGAACAUAACACAUGAGCUUUCUAAUAGCAACACACGUGUGAGCAUCAAACAUGGUAGACGAUAUUGGGAGUGAUGGGCGCUCCUGAUUCUCUCUACCAGAGGUGACAAAUUGGUGGCCGGAGGGCCAGGUGCAGUCACAAGUUAGAAGAAGCUGGUCUGUGGCAUGCCUUUGUAAAGUGUUCUUGCACACAGUUAAUUUAGUAUUUUUCCAGAAUCCACUAGCAGGUGUUUUUAUUUUUCAGUCGUUAUGAUCACAGUAAAAUGUACACAGUGAACCCGGCCAGUCACAAGAUGGGGAUAGGUAGAAAUUGUUUCAUGUCAAUCAUGAAGAGAAUAGUUGAAAUUGUGCCUGAUUUGGUAGCAGCUUUUAGAAGAACAUGCUGAUCCUUAUAUAGGUGUCUGCUGAAUUAUAUUCAUCAGGAAACAGCUGCUGGAAACACUUAAAAUUUAUAGUGAUCCACCAGUCAAGCUGGUGCUGAUCCUGUAUACAAGGGUACUUCAGAAAGUUCCCAGCCUCACCUGGAACCAAAUGUGUGUGGUGGUUCAAGAUGAGACCUCCUUCUGGAGACUAUGUUGCAAGAACAGGUGCUCCGAUAAUUGGAGAGAAAAGGAGCCAUUACACCUGGCCGAGUUCCACUCCAGGUUUUUCCAAAUAAUGUGUGUUCUUGAAGAAGGUUUGCAUGCUGCUCAGUACGUCGGCAAAAACCGGGAAAGCUUAGUUGAACUCAGGCCAGGUUUGAACGUGCAAAAAUUUUGGCAGUUCAGCUGGACUCAAAUGGCUUCUGGGUUGAUGCACCUCCAUGUCCAACUUUCACACUGACCCCACUGGAGUCAGCUUAACCCCACCGCCGCCACCGGCAUCGUGAGCCGAGCCCGGGCGUAUGCAUUUCUAACUGCAAGUUUGAAGGAGUGCCCCUUUAGUACUAGUUUCUGAAAAAUGAGAAUAUGGGUUUCUGAGUAUUUCUUGUUGCACAUUAAAUGGGACUUUGUUUAAUUUUUUAAAGUGUUACCCAUUUUAAAACGUUAGAGACUUUUUGGGGGGUGGGGGGGGGGGGGGGGUCACAUCUCAAGUAUUGUUAUUAUGAUGAUAUAGAUCCUGUAGAUUAUUUCUGGCUCCAGUUAAAGGUGGAGCUGAUAGAUUUUGCAAUUCUUAGUUUUAAAAUAUCUAUUUUUUUAAAUGUAGUUUAAUUUUAAAACACUAUUGACCUAAAAUUCUAACUUUCAUUUAUGCCUUUGUUCUGUAGGGUUUACUAUCUAAACAUGCUAAAUGGCCAUUUGUUGUCCAUUGUGAAGAAACGUGUUCAUUCCUCUUAAUAACUCAAGAAACUCUGCAGACAUUUUUCCGCUAUUACUUGAAGGCAAGCAACAAACCAUAAAUAUGUUGAAGAACAAAAUGUCUUUAGUGUUCUACAAUAUAGACCAACGGGAACAGAGUAGUAUCCUGCAUGUUAGUAAAAUCUUUAUCUUAAGUCUUUAAAAAAUAAUUUGUUGCACACAACUGAAAUCUUGUUGCAGCCCCAUGUGGUCACUUAAUGCAAUUUUAAACAUUAACUGAAUGUUGUUACAGUUAUAAGAAGUUGAGAUGUAAGGUACUUGAAUAGAUUAUUGAAGAAUUAAUGUAUGUGUAAUUUUGUACUAUAAAAGAUGUGUACUGUGAGGAAUAAAAGAAUGAACAAGA